AUUCUGUCCAUGUAAAUGAUUACACGUAUUUCAAACAGUACUCAUUUGUGCCAGCUGGUGAAUAGACGUAGACGACUGUAGCGUGUCUAGUAUGGACUAGUGUUUGUGUCAUAUUCAGAGUGCGGUUAGGUAUUUUUACCGGUUUUACUUGUGAAUAACCAAAAUUAAAUGUUAUAUUUAAGUAUAAAUCAGUUGAAGUAAUCUUUAACGAUGAUAUUAAGAAAAUAUAUGUAUUCUGUGAAUACAAUAUUGUUAUUUAUAUUAUUCAUAAAAAGUUGUAAUGGAUUUGGACAAAUAAUAUAUGCAAUAAAUGCUGGAGGUGAUGCUCAUGUAGAUCACCUAGGUGUACAUUAUGAAAAAGAUCCGUUAAGUGGUAAAGUUGGCACAGCUUCGGAUUAUGGAAAACAAUUAAUGAUAGGACGUGUCCCACCUAUGGAUCAAAUAUUAUAUCAAACAGAGCGAUAUCAUCAUAAUACAUUUGGCUACGAUAUACCAAUUCCGGGUGAUGGUGAUUACGUUUUAGUACUUAAAUUUUGUGAAGUAUAUUUUAAUGGUGCUAAUUUAAAAGUAUUCGAUGUUGUUUUAAAUGGCGAUCAUACAAUUGUACCCGAUUUAGAUAUAUUUGAUAGAGUUGGACGUGGUGUAGCACAUGAUGAAUACAUUCCAUUUAGUGUUGUUAAAGGUCGUUUAUAUUACAAUGAAGAGGAAUCAGAUAUACGUGGUGGUAAAAUACGUGUAGAAUUUAUCAAAGGUUACAGAGAUAAUCCGAAAAUUAAUGCUAUGUAUGUGAUGCGUGGUAAAUUAGAGAAUGUACCGAAAUUACCACCGUUAACGUGGGAAACGGAACCAGAGGAACCACGUGAGGAAGUUGAAGAAGUUAAAGUGAAAAAUCGCCGUCCUAGUGGUCCUAAACAUCCGGAUCCAUAUUCAGUUGAUGACACAUCAAUUAUGUUACCAGUAUUUGUGGCCAUUGGGGCUUUUAUACCAUUGUUGUUUUGCUUAUGCAAACUUUGAUUUUAAUUUUUUUAAUUGUUUAGCUUUGAAAUUUUAUUGUUACACCUCCUUCUUAUUUAACUGAUUUUUCAUUCGAAAAUAACAAUCGUGUUAAAACCUUAUUGAAUGAAUGAAUAUGUAAAAUAAUUAAUUGGGAAAAAAUUCAUAUUCAAACCUUAUUAAAUCCAUAAGUGUUCAAUUUGACAAAUAAUACGAAAAUUUGAAUUUUUUUCGCAUUCAAAGCAGUUGGAAUUGAAUGAAAUUCAACUAAAAAUUUCAAUAGGAUUAAUUCAAAUAAGUUACGAUCUAACACACUGGAAGGGUUUUGCAUACAUUUUUUAAAAACAAUUUUUAAAAUUGUUUUAGUAGGUAUAUUGAACAAUAAAUCGAGGAAAUAAUAAAAAUGAAAAAUCUAAUUCGAUUGCAAUGUUUUGCACAUCGAAAUAUUAAUUUAAAUUUUAUGUAUUAAAUUUUUAUUUUACUUAUGGCAAUGGCAUAAUGUGUUUAAUUGUACCUACAUGCAAAACCAAAAAAUUAAAUGAUUCCUGAAGACCUUAUUAAAAUCGCCUUUUUAAUUAUAUAUCAAACUACAUAUUAAUAUUUAUUUCUAUUUAGAUUUUAGUUUGUUGUAUAAUUUGAAGAUAGCUUUUAUUAGGUCGCCCGGAAUAUAUUACAUGCACGGUGUCAACUAAAAAAUGUGUUUAGUGGAACUGUUUAUCGUUGAAUUUUGUGGUAAUUAUGUACUUUUAGUUUUGAACUUUUGACAAAAACCAACUGCUCCAGUUUCCUUUACCGUGUUGGAUUUUUUAAUCAAUCAUUUUAAAAUAUGAAUUAUUUGUAAACACAAAAUUUAAGGGUAAAUAAAUAUAAGGGGCCCGUUUGGAUUUACGCUUAGAGAGGUUUGAUGCUAUCACAAAUUGAAAGUUUAACCUAAACAAAACUUGGUGCCCUGAUUCUAUGUGUCCACGUUUAUACGAUAAGCAGCCCUAUUAGAAAUUACAGUAUUUUCAUAAUUAUGUUUUCGAGAUAAAUCAUUAUUUUUAGUACAAUAAAUUAAAUUAGUCAUACUUACCGUACUAUGUUUGCAGUAAAUAGCGGGAUGAUGUUGCUAACAUAAAAAUUUUCAUUCUAAAUAACGUUAAGUGAAGCUAUUUUUAUUUAUUAAUCACUAUUCUCCCUGAGGCGUACUACUUGUAUUAUCUAAUUUCACUUUUUAAUGUAUAAUGUUUAUGAUUAGCAUUUAUGGGAGCAAUUUCUUUUUUAUUGAGAUAAACUAAAUGUAUUUUUAUUUUAAAACGACUAUUACUGAUAUGUUAGCUAUUAAUAUUAUUAAGUAAAAAGUUAGCUGUUAGUUAGCACCUAAUGGUAAAUUCAAACACAAAUCGAUAACGAACUACACGUUAUUAGGUUCAAUGAUUCAAUUAUGAUUUGAUAGUGUUCAGCGGACAGUUCUUUUGCUAAUUGCGGGUGGCUAGCGAUAAGCGUAGAGCAACACGCGAUUAAUAACAGAAUUAUCUACUAAACUCUAUGAAAUUAUAGUGAAUUCAAACACAAGGCAAUGCGCGACGAGUGAUUGGCAAUUAGCAACUGAAUUGUAUGAAAUAAUUAUAAUUAAUGAAAUUAAUUAAUUAAAUUUAUGAUCCAAUCUUAACUUAAUAGAGUUCACCUGUUAUUAAACGCGUGUCACUCGUCGCCCAUCGCUUUGUGUGUUAAUUCACUGCAGUAGUACCUGCUAUAAAAAAAUUGGUGAUGGUUCAAAUUAUUUCAGAUUAAUUGUCAGAAUAAGUAAUAAUUGUCAAAGGACAUCAUUGAAUAAGACACGAAUCUCAUGAGAAGAUGAUGAUUCGAUUCAAAAAUCAUUUGAUUCGAAAACCAAAGUAAAAACUAUCUUUGCUUAGAAAAGCUUAUGUAUAAGACAAUAAUAUAUCUUCGCUUGAAUUGGUUUCGCUUGAAAUCAUUUCAUUUAAAUAACAUGGAAUGUUUAUUUUAGAUUUGUCUUGUUU